AUGUCUCUAACAUGUAUCCCAGAAAUGCAAUUCAGUUCUAGAGCGGCUUGCCUUGCAAGCUUGAUAAGCAUUUUUGCUACAUCCAUCAACGCUGAUUGCACACAAGUUUCGGGUAAUCCCGGGAAUCUACCGAUGGGUUGCACUACCAAUGCUGCACCGACGCAGCAAGGUCAAACCGUCUUGUCCAAUGGCGACGCUUUAUCAGUCACGCUUCAGAGUGUACCCAACCAAGGUAAAUGGGUUUAUGCUAUAAGCAACCGUCAGAACUAUGACAUCAAUUGGGGGAUGCAGUUUUACAAUCCUCAACAAGGCUCAAAUGCAUGGGCGAUAUACACUAUCAAGCAGGGUAGUGAUUGUACUAUUACAGCUAAUGGGCAUAUGGAGAUGUUCAAGCUUACUUGUUAA